GAGAGCCGCUGUCAGGGAACCUUGCAAUUUCCAAGGUGAGAGGCCCUGCUCGACUGGGGGUGGUGUCCGUAUCGGUCACGAAGUAGGUUCGACAUUCUACAUACAGAUUCCUGCGACCUUGGCAUCACUUACACCUAGGCUUUUCGGCCUAGUCAUGUCCUUUCUCGGCCGACUGAUAUGCAAGAAGGAAUUUCUACUCCGUAUUCCGAGGUGGAAUCUCCUGUGUAAGUUUGACCUCGUGACAAGCACAAGAUAGGUUUGGAGUUGCAGCUCGUUUUCGCGAUAUCUAAAGGUAUCACAAUCGAGCUCUUGGUCAGUAUCCCGGUAACUCUGUCUUGCACACCGAUCAGAGCAUGAUACUUAAUUUGUCCUUGUCCUACGCGUCAUUCUCGAGCUCGUAUGCAGUGGGCAGUGAAACAUGGUUGAGGUAUGACAAGGCUGCGGUGUAUCGACGUUGCUGGCAAUGCAGGCAGAUCCCGAAUGACUCCCUCAUGCAUGGAAGUCGUCUGCUGACUAUGUGCUCCAUCGUUCUGGAAAACACCACAGGAGCUAGAAGGUACGGCAUAAGAUGUUUGCUCCAGACUUCCCGGAACGAAUGGCCGGCGGUGGGUGUGAGAGAAGAACAAAGAAACACCAAGCGAAUAACACAUCAUCAGAGCCAGCAUGCUAUUCAAGGAAAAUACCAUGUAAGAUGGACGGAUGCCUAGGCCUGGCUACGACUGACGGGGUGAGCUGGCUGAGAACGUGGGGGACGACAAUAACAGCCUACAUAUGAAAGAGACAACAAAAACAUCGCAACUCCUAUCACAGCAGGCACUGGACUGAUAUCUGAUUCUGUUCUACUCGAACCGACGUCAUUAGGCGCCGCAUCGAAAUCGCACGCCGCAACGCCAAGGCUGGAAUAACGGCCCAUGGCAUGGCAUGGC